CAUUUUGUUUUUCGGGCUCGUUCAGUGUGGUGGGUUCGUGAGAUCGUCGCUCCAGGAAUAAUCCCGAGAGUCCCUGAACCCGGGAUAUCACCAUGCUGUCGGCGGCACAGCUGCUCGAUGAGUUGAUGGGAAGGGACCGUAACCUGGCCCCGGACGAAAAGCGGUGUAAUGUCCGCUGGGAUGACGAGAGUGUGUGCAAAUAUUAUCUUUGUGAAUUCUGUCCAGCAGAACUUUUUACAAAUACACGAUCAGACUUGGGUCCAUGUGAGAAAAUUCACGAUGAAAACCUUCGUAAACAGUAUGAAAAGAGUUCCCGAUACUUGAAAGUUGGCUACGAGAAAGAUUUCUUGCGCUAUUUACAAAGUCUACUUGCUGAGGUAGAACGUAGAAUUCGAAGAGGUCAUGCACGAUUAGCCUUAUCGCAGAAUCAGCAGGCAUCUGGGUCUGCUGGACCUGCUGGAAAGAACGAAGAAAAAGGUCAGGUUUUAACUGACAAAAUCGAAGCCCUCUUGCUCCAGAUUGAAGAGCUUGGGUCAGAAGGAAAGGUGGAGGAGGCUCAAGGAAUGAUGAAGCUUGUGGAACAGCUGAAAGAAGAGCGAGAACAAAUGAAAUCUACAACAUCAAGAACUACAGGAGGUGAUGACAAGGGACCGCUUCUUCGUGUUGGACAGGUUCAUGCUGCGCUCGGCACUUCGUCUAAUGUCACCUAUCAGUUGUAUUCGCUACAAAAAAUGUUUUCUCUUAACAGAAGUAGAGAUCGCCAAAGCCACAUUAAAACAGAAAGGAAACCUAGAUCACGAAGCAGAGAUAGGCGGAGAUCAAAAAGCAAAGAUCGUAAAUCGAACAGACACAAGAGUAAAAGCCGAGAAAGAGAGCGUGAAAGAAAAUCUAAGGAAAAAGAAAAAAGGAGUUCAGAUGAUAAAAAAAGUAGAGAAUCCAGUAGUCGAGAAAAGCAGAGUGAAUCUCGAAAAACUGAAACUAAGGAGUUGGCUUCACCACUGGAGGUUAAUGGGGCCAAUGAAGGCAAUAAAUCUGAAGGUGACACUCAGUCCAAUUAAAACUGAUCUGAUUUGACCUCUGAUCAGUCAGAGGUAAGUGUAUGAUUUCUCACUUUUGCUAAGUCUUUUUUUUGAUAGAAUUUAACGGUGCAGCGUAAGUAUGCACAGAUGAAGAACGGUCAAAACAGAUUUAGAAGACAGAACAGCUUCAAAUGCAAGAAAAUACUAGUCCUGCAAAAUAUAUGGAGGUAUACAGUUUUUUUCUUUUGGCUAUUUUUUUUUUCUAGUCAACGCGUUCACUGUUCUGCCCCUUUUUUUUACUUUGGUGUAUUUUUAAGACAUUAGCUGUUAAUUUGUAAGUUAGAGAUGAUUGAUAUUAACUGUCGUAAUAUAUAACCAUUUUGUAUGUAAAGUGCAUUUGGUUUAUUGGCAGUAUCAUUCAUUUUUUGAGCGCGUUAAUUUAAAGGCACAUUUUGGACUAGUUUUAUUUAAAAAAACAAAACUAAUUGUGAAGGAUGUUACUAGUAUUUUGCUUUAUUACCUUGCAUUCUAAUGCAGUUUGUUCUGUAACUCGAGAACCAGUAGCAUUGGAUUGAUGGAAGUGUAGGGUUUUUGAAUAAUUGCAGCUGACUGCCAUACCUCAAACAGCGUUGGUGUUGUAAGCGGCCCAUGAAAAACCAAAUUAAAAAUCAAGGAUUCAGUCAAACUAAGCAGGUACUCAUGCCAGGUACUCCUUUUCUCUACCGAAAUCCAUGUUUGAAUGAUGUUACCUCUAAUAUUGUAAGCUUACUUUAUGUAUUUUUUUUGUUUUUUAUUUUUUGUCUGUCUACAAAAGAGCAAUAGAGCCAUUUUGGUUUUAUGUUUCUUUUAGUAUCAAAAAUAUUUUCUUAUUGCUUAACAGUUUGGAAUUUUCUUUUGGCUGUAUGUAGGGAUGCAGUGACGCCCAGUCUUAGAUUACUUAAGAUAUUUAUUUGCAAUAAAUACUCGAUAAUAUCGUCUUGUUACAUUCUUUGCAAGCUUUUAAGAGGUAUGUGAUUAAUUUUUCCUACUCAGUAGGAGAAUUUAUAGAUUAUUGUAGUUCAUUUAAAGGAUGAUUGUAGAUAUACUUUUAUAGACUCUGCAAACUGGGAAAUAUGUAAUGGCUCCCUAUAUCAUUUUAGCUGAGUUAAUCUGUUCCCUUGCAUGAGAUCAAUAAGAAAGGUGUAGCUAUUAUUUUCUUUAAACUAAAUGUAAUUCUCUGAACUUUUCUGGCUUUUGAGUUGUCAAGUAAUUUUUUUUUUCUUUCUUCAAAUCUUGCUUUUUAGGGUCAAUAUGGAUAACUUGGGAGUUCAGCGUCUUAAAUGAAGAUCUUCUUCUUUAAAUGAGGUGACCGAAACCUGUAAUGAAAAUUAAAGUUCAGUUAGAAAUGGUUUUAUUCAAUUUAAGUUCAGGACUGAUGUAAAAUAAAUAUAUAUAUAUAGUUGAUUUUGUGCUGUUGCCCAUAUCAAAUAUUAGUCCCGGCUUUUGCCUUCAGGACUUUCUAUAAUAUAUUAUAGGCUCUGGGCUUGCACAUUGUUUAAUUAAAAGCUUUUUCGGACUUGGAGGCAUACAUCUGUUUGUGAACCACGUUAUUUUUUUUUUACAAUUAGAUUUAGAUUAUAUGAUACAAAUAAAGCAUCUUCUCAUUUUUGUUGUAAAUGUGCUUCAUUGUCAUUUGAGAAGCUUGGUAUUAAAAUGCUUUUUCCAAAUAAACUUGUGGUUACAAGUAA